AUGGGCACAAAUAUUAAAAGACUGGAACAGAUCCACAGGGAACGAUCACUUGGUAAGAUAAACACAAUUUUAGCAGAUGAGCUCACCUGCCCCAUGUGCCGUGACCUCUUCAACAAGGCCCACCUGCUGCCCUGUGGCCACAGCUUCUGCCCCGCCUGCGUGCGGGAGGCCUGGGCCCCCAGGGGCGUGGGGCAGGAGGGCAGGAAGGGCCGCUUCACCUGCCUGCAGUGCCAGGAGGAGCUGCGCGUGGUCCUGUGCGACAGUUGCCCGCCCGGGGGCGAGAAGGCGCGGGCCGCCGCGGUCCAGACCUGCCUGCGCUGCGAGGUCUCCCUGUGUGCCCAGCACCUGCAGCCACACCUGGACUGCCCUGCCUUCAGCACACACCUGCUGGUGGAGCCGCUGGGAGACCUGUCCCGCCGGAGGUGUCCUCAGCACAAGGAGCUGUUCCGCUACUUCUGCAGCGAUGACAGCCUGUACCUGUGUGCUGACUGUAUCCUGGAAGGGGCUCAUCGGCACCAUCGUGUCAGGGCCCUGAAAAAAGUGGAGGAGGACUUCAAGUGUACAUUAAGAGGCCUUCUUCAGAAAGCACAGGAUAAAAUGAAAGCUGGUGAGAAGAUUCUCAAGGAACAUGAAAAAACAUUGAAUUCCUUGACUGAGUCUGUAGCGACGGAUAAGGCCCAGGCGGAGAGGCUGAGCUCCGGGCUCCAGCUGCAGGUGGACCGGCUGGUGACGGCGUUCACGGAGAGCACUCAUCACGAGAGGCAGGACGCCCUGCAGAGCUUGCAGGAGGACGGCGGCCACCUCAAGGCCAACCUCAGCCAAACCCAGGCCAUCUACCACUAUGUGACCGCGCUGCUGAACGAGAGAGACCCCUUCCUGCUUAUCUGGGCAUUACAGUGUGAUGACUCAAAACUGAUGAAUGACCUGAAUUCAGCAAUGUUCAGCCCGAGACCUGCAAACAUAGACCGCAAGCGCAUCCUCGAGUAUUUGGAGCACAAGUACCGCGAGUUCAUCACAGCCACCCUGCGCUGCCUGAGCGAACUCAAGAGAGAGCUGUUGAGCAGCCCUCUCAGCCUGGACCAAAACUCGGCCCAUCCUCUCCUGAGCAUCUCUGCGGACCUGCGGACGGCCGAGCGGGUCAAGAUCCGCAGGCAGCGGCCGGCCCACCUCGACCGCUUCGACCACUGGUCUCAGGUGUUGUCCUCGCAGGCCUUCUCGUCGGGAACGCACUACUGGGAGCUGGAGGCCGUGGGCUUCUGGGACAUAGCAGUGACCUACCCAAGCAUCGAGAGGAAAGGAAAACUGGGCACAGCCUUUGGCAAUAACAAGCAGCACGACCGGAAACUGGCGGCAUGGCACAACCGCCGGAAGAUCCGUCUCUCCCCACAGAUGACGGGUAACCGCGUGGCCCUGGCCCUGGACUACGAGGCGGGCACCAUCAUCUUCUCAGAGGUGGGACCUUCCUCCAGUCUGGCGCAUCUGCACACCUUCAGCACCACCUUCACCCAGCCCGUGUGCCUGGGCUUUGGCCUCUACAAGCCCGACCUCCACAGUCGCAUCUCCAUCGUCAGCAUGUCCCCAACCAAACAGACUCCUCCUCCAUGUCAGGACUCUGCACAAAGCAAGGGGUGCUCAGUCUAA